AUGCACUACUUCCUUGCACUCGCACUCGCUCUUUUCCCAUUCGCCAACGCCUCUCCCCCCGUUUCAGUCCAGCUCCGUACGCCAUGGCUUUCUCCUGGUCCGCUCCUCGAAACCAUUGAAACGAUAUCUAUUGAAGACCCCUCUGCAUUCUUUCCUCUCCUUUCCCUGCUUUCUACGAACCCACCAGACCCAAAUGCAUCGCCCAAGACCGUCCACGCGCACGUCCUCGACCUCGCUUCUCCGCUCCUCGAUGGCCCAGCACGCGCAUCCGUAGACGCCCUUCUUGUUCUGCACGCCGCCAGCCCACGCAUCGCCGCAUUCGAGCAGCACUUCCUUGCGCGCACGCACGAACAAGCUGUCGAAGAUGCAAGUGGAGAGACCUGUGCUGCAUGGGUUGACUGGUACGGCCACGUAGUCUGCACCGUCGACGGUCUCAAACGCGCCGUAUCGUCCAUCUCAUUCGAGCAUAAACCACAGCCUCGCUCUCUCCCAUUCGAUCACGUCUACCCCUCUCCACACUCCCAAAAACCAACCGCCAUCUUCUACGCCUCCCUCACAGCCCCCAACUUCCCCGCUCUCCACCACGCACUCGUCGACCUCACCCAAAGCGCAGGCAUCGAGUACGUCCUACGCUGGGCAGUCUCGCCCGAUCCACAAAGCACGCGAGCACACGACAAGGAUGCCUUGGGCGCCAGCCUCAGCGGGUAUGGCGUUUCUCUCGACCUCAAGAAGAUGGACUACCUCGCGCUCGACGAUCGCGGGAGGAGUGCUAGUACUGGGCAAGCUUCCCCUGACUCAACUGCCCACGCACGGGAACAGGACCAAGACGCCCUCCUUGCCCUCUUUGACUCUUUACCAUCUCUCAAUGCGUCGACAGAGCUGCAUAUUGAAGGCGGGACCAAAGAUGCUGCUUUAUCGGAAGACGAGAUCGCUGACCUCGGGCUGAGAGCGACACAGCUCAUAUAUUCAUACUCCUCGCCCUCAAAGCGCGAAGACGACAAGAGCCACGAAAACUCUGUCACCGCGUCCCUCUCGCCCCUCACCCUCCUCCGCCAGCUCACCCACUCCUUCCCACUCUACGCUACCAAACUCGCACGUAAAGACCUCCUGGAUGGUCUCGAUUCGUCGUACUCCUUGCCCUCGGACAAGGGCACCGAGAAGAACGAAGAACACGAUGCUUGGGCUGGCCAUCAACCCACCGGCGUCCUCUCCCCCCUAUUUGAUUCCGUCCGCUCCAAUUGGGAAAAGGUCGCCCCCGGAACGUCGCUCUUCUGGGUGAAUGGAAGGGUGCUGGGAGAGGGUGAGGUUGGGGUGUUUGGCCUCAUCCGCACGCUUCGAAAAGAACGAUCGCUCGUCCGCGCGCUGAUGCAGUUGGGCAUGUCUACGAGAGAAGCCGUCGAGGUCGUUGUGCAUGAUGCACAUUCGCGAACUGGUGCUGAUGGCGAUUAUGCGGAUAAAGAUAUCACCAGGAGAGGCAAGGGGGUGAAAAAAGGGAGCGAGGUAGAGGAGGAGAGGGAGGAGGAGAAAGGCGGGUCGAGGAGCGGCAGAUGGAACGCCAAACACUCUAAACUCGACCCCCGACCCGAAGAUGCCUCAAAAGCCUCAUCACCCGUUCACUCCUCCCACGAUGACGUCGCCAAGUCCACCUCGAAAAAGUCGAACAAGGACGGUGGCGUCCACCGCCCCAAGUUUCCUGAUGCGCUCGUGCCUACUGAGGCGACGGAGGGACUUGUGGAUGCUAGUGAUAGGACGGAGGGAGGGGGGGUUGUGGUGUGGUGGAAUGAUUUGGGGGCGGAUGCGAGGUAUGCGCGGUAUAGCAGCUCUCUCAGUGUCCUCCUCCGCCCCCUCUACCCAGGCCAACUCCCCAUGACGCGCUUCAACCUCUUCAACGCCAUUCUCGUACUCGACCUCGCCCAACCCCGCACUCUUUCCUUCCUCGCAAUGUCUUUGGAAGGGAUCGUGGCGAGGGGGUGGGCGGUGAGGUGGGGGAUUGUGCCGUUUGUUGAGUGGAAGGAGGGGGAAGGUGUGGAUGGUACGAAAAUGGCGAGGCUGUUUUAUUUUGUGUCGGAGAAGUAUGGACGGGAUGUCAUCAUUGGAUUUUUGAAGCGGGUAUCAGCAGCCCACGUCCAAACGCCCACCCUCUCCUGGCCCCUCGUACGCAUGGCCUGGGCCGACUUUGGGAUGCCGGACGACUUUGAUAGUGUCGUUGAGGGACGCGUUGUCGCUUCGGUUGGCGACGAAGCUGAGAAGGACGGGGGGAAUGUGGACACGCUUCAUAAAGCUCGGCUGUAUGCGCGCAGGGUUGGUAUCACGGAUGCGUCGGGCCAUGCGUUCGUGAAUGGGAGGUAUAUUGGUAUGAGUGACGCGUUUCUGCGGGAUUUACAAGUGGAAGUAACGCAGCAACUACAGUACCUCCAAGAACUGGUCUACACAAGUAUUUUAACAGACAGCUAUGUCCCCACCAUUUCGACAUUCUUCUACGACCUGCCUUGGACACCUGCAAGGCGGAACGCACAUAUCUACCCCUUGAUUUCGAGUCCUGCAAGCGGUGGCGUACAACCUGCUGGCUCCAGCGCACGCCCUCUGCGUAUGUUCAGUUUGCCUGAACUCCCGAAGGUGGUGGGUAAAGGAGGGUUUGUGACCCCUCAGGACGACGAUUACUUGCCGAUUAGUAUGUACGUUAUUGCUGAUUUCGACUCCGAGUCUGGGCUUGCGCUCGUGAAAGAAGCGCUCGAUUUUAUCCUCAUCUCAAAGGACGUACUGGCCACGAUAUCCCCUGCCCGUCUCAAACGCGCUCUAGGUCUCGAUGAGGCGGGGUCGGUCUCCACACCAGACGAGUCUGCGCAGGUGGCGUUGAAAGCAGACCUGCUACGUGAAUAUGGAGUCGAUGGGGGUGAGGUGGUGGUGGCUGAGGAUGCGUACGCAGGAUACGUUGGGUCUUGUAAGGCGCUGGCUAGGGAGCUCCGCCUUCUCCCCGGCGAACAGGCAAUUCUCGUCAACGGUCGGCUCGUUGGGCCAUUUGACGCUUCCGAGUUCAUGGUUGAAGACUUUGAGAUGUUGGAGACGUAUGAGAUGCGGAAACGAGUAGGUUCGGUUGUGGUUGCGCUGGAAGAUGUUUUGGGCGAGAAGGCGGACGAUCUCGAUUCAUCCUCCUAUGCACACCUCGUGUCUACGAGUUCGUCUCUCAUCUCCGCCAUUCAGCUACCCGAUCCCAGCGAGGCCGGCUUGUUCGACACAGCUCCAAAACCACGUUCGCGGAAGUAUAAGCUGUUGGAUGGGAAUUAUACGUCGUUUGAGAUUGGGAAUGCGGAUGAUGCGCUGUAUCAUGUUGCAGCUGUCGUUGAUCCUUUGAGUGAAACUGCGCAGAAGUGGACUAGCUUGCUUGAGUGGCUCGUGGAGUUCCCGGGUGUGUACCUCGAGUUGUACCUGAACCCAUCUCAGCAUUCAGAGAUACCCCUCAAACGCUUUUAUCGGUAUAACUUGGCGCCUAGACUAACGUAUGACGAGAACGGACUAGAGGUUCCAGCGAAAGUCGUUUUUAAUGGGCUUCCUAUCGAACCGAUCUAUACCCUCGGCAUGGACGUUCCUUCGUCAUGGCUUGUCCGACCCCGCGAAGCGUUGUAUGACCUCGACAACAUCCAACUUGGCAGCUUGUCGCCCCAGGACCGUGUCACGGGCCUCGAAGCCGUCUUCGCACUCGACUACCUCGUCGUUGAAGGCCACGCACGCGAGACGUUACUCAACUCGCCUCCCCGCGGACUCCAACUCCAGCUCUCCACACCCGACGGCACACCCGUAGACGACACACAGGUCGUUGCGAAUCUCGGGUAUCUCCAGUUCAAAGCCAAGCCUGGCGUGUACGAGCUCUCGAUCCGGGAGGGCAGAGGGAGAGAUGUGUUUGAGAUGGAGAGCGUGGGGAACGAGGGGUGGGAGAGUCCGCGUGUCGAGGAGGUAGGGAGUGAGGUGACUGUGAUGAGCUUUGAGGGUCUUACGCUGUACCCGAGGCUGGUGAGAAAGCCUGGGAUGGAGAUGGUCGAUGUAUUGGAUGAGCUAAGCUAUAAGGAGGAAGAGACCCACGGGGUUAUUGAGGAUAUUGUAUCCAGAAUGACUUCUUUGUUCUCGCACAAAGGCGAAAAGAGUCUCCAGGCGCAAGGCGAUGGACAAGCUGAUAUCAACAUCUUCACUGUCGCUUCUGGAUUGCUGUACGAGCGUUUCGUGUCCAUCAUGAUCCUCAGUGUCUUGCGGAAUACGAACAAGACUGUCAAAUUCUGGUUUAUCGAGAACUUCUUGUCUCCAUCGUUCCUGGAAUUCAUUCCUCACUUGGCCGAAGCUUACAACUUCCAGUAUGAACUAGUCACCUACAAGUGGCCCUCCUGGCUGCGAGCUCAGAAAGAAAAACAGCGGAUUAUCUGGGCAUACAAAAUCCUCUUCUUAGACGUUCUUUUCCCUAUGGACCUCAAAAAAGUCAUCUUCGUGGAUGCCGAUCAGAUCGUCCGAGCAGAUCUGCAAGAGCUCGUUGACCUUGACUUGCACGGAGCGCCAUACGGUUACACGCCGAUGGGAGAUGACAACUACGACAUGGAAGGCUUCCGCUUCUGGAAGACGGGAUAUUGGGCUGAUUUCCUACGUGGACGCCCAUAUCAUAUCAGUGCCCUCUAUGUUGUCGAUCUCGUGCGGUUCCGUCAAAUUGCAGCUGGGGACAUUCUCCGUGGACAAUACCAAGCGCUUUCCGCCGAUCCCAACUCGCUUGCCAAUCUUGAUCAAGAUCUACCCAAUAACAUACAGCAGCAAGUUCCGAUAUUCUCGCUCCACGAAGAUUGGCUCUGGUGUGAAACAUGGUGUAGCAAAGACCGUCUCCAUCGCGCAAAGACGAUCGACUUGUGUCAAAACCCCCUCACAAAAGAGCCAAAGUUGGCUCGAGCACGCCAGAUACCCGAAUGGGAAGAGUACGAUGCUGAGAUUGCUCGGUUUGCUCGAAAGCUUGCGGAAGAGGGCAAGAUCAGGGCGAGCGCUGCUACCGCAGACACCAAUGUCCUCGCCAAUGUUGGUGCGACACCUCAGGCUGCGGAGUCUGUGGGAGACAACAGUGAAGAAGCACGUCCGAGAGACGAACUGUAACAUAGAUAAAUAGAGAAUUGGUUGGCUAAAAUGAUUCACUGCUUGUAGAUCCAGGAUUUAGAGCUUACGUGGAAAUAUUAUGGGGCCGUAGUAAUUUAUAAUUUACAGACGUAUUCUC